GUUGAUUCUUCUGCAGUGGCGAUCAAAGCCUCUUCCGUGAUUCUUACAUUCCUCUGCUGAGGAUGAGCUCGGUCUUUUUGGUGCAAGAUGCCCAAGUGUUUGAUGCCUCUCUCUGCUGUUCGUUGCGCUGAAGUGAGGUGGCUGCGGCUUUAAAGUUGUUUCGGGCGGAGCUGCAGGAAGUGACGGGAGAUCCCGGGAGGAGAAGUUCGGAGUGAGUUUGAGAGCGAAAGUCGGGGGGAGUAGUUGGGUUUCAAGGUGAAUGACUUCGGGUUUCCCGGCGGUGUGCUGUGGCGCCAGGGGAGUUGCUGAAGCUGCUGCCCCCACGAUGCUCGCCGAGCUCCCGCACCCCCGCCGGCCGUCGCUGCUGCUCCUGCUGGCCGUGAUGUGGGUGGCUGGAGCCGGACCGGCGCAAGCCCUGGUGGCGGGGCUGAAGGUCCGAAUCCGGCAGGCGGACGGGCAGGUUGGCGAGGAGACGCUGGAGGCGGACACGGACGCCGACUCCAUCAGCAUCGAGUUCAGGAAGAGUGACGGGAGUCUCAUCACCCUCAUCGCAGACUUACGGAAGGAAGUGAAGAUUAUCCGUUCCCUGAUCUUGGGGGAGAUGGAACGAGGGCAAACACAGUUUCAGGGUCUGUGUUUCAUCACCAGGCUUCACAAGAAUGAGAUUAUUCCCAGUGAGUCCAUGGCAAAACUUCGACAGAAGAAUCCAAGAGCAGUGCGCGUGGCAGAGGAGCAGCGCGGGCUCGAGCACUUGUACAUGGAUGUAGCAGUGAACUACAGCAGGGCCAGUCAGCUGAGCGCCCACGUACACAAUGUAUGUGCAGAGGCCACAGACGGCAUCUAUGCAAGAGAGAGCGACGUGAAACACUGGUUAAACUCAGGUGUCGACAGUUCAAUCUUUGAAGCAAUCCACGUGUCUGAGGAUGUUCCACAAUGCCGGGCCAGUCGGGAAUGGUGGAAGGGUUGCAUCUGCCGCUACUCCUUGUGUGUGGAAUGGUACCCUUGCUUCCUGAAAUACUGUCGGACAAAAGAUGCUACUGGCAAAACUAGUACCUACAAGUGUGGCAUCAAAAGCUGCCAGAAGUGUUCCCAGUUUGAUUUCUAUGUCCCACAGAAACAGUUGUGUUUGUGGGAUGAGGACACUUAAUCCCUGUCCCUCCCCACCCACUGCUCAUAUUUGAUGGGGAGGGGUUUGGGGUAAAACUGAUAACUAGGCCACAGGCCCAUCCUGUGUGCCAAACAUGGACUGGCAACCAGUUUCAGAGCUCUCAUGUUGUGAUCAUUGAGUUUAAGAACGAGUCCAUGUGGGAUGGUGUAUUUGGAUUAGAUUUUUUUAAAAUGUGAGGGAACAAAUUACUGGAGGUUUGGGCUUUGUCUCCGGUACAAAGAUUUGUUCUGUGGUAGGUCUAUUCCCACAUUUGGUGCAUCUUUUACAUUUCAAAAAAAGUUUUUUUAUUAAAAUUUGGAGUUUGAAGAAUCUUCAGAGACCCUGAAUGUGUAAAAUGAACUUUAUUUGUGCUUUUUGAAGGACUGUAGAUUUUGGCAUUGAGCCAUUUUUCAGAAAUUGAAUUUGUUUUUCCAAUGACCUUUCCACAAGGGAUUGCCUUGUUUACUUUGUGGAGAGUUUGAAUUAACUAAUGCUAUAUUUUAAGCAAUCUCUGUGUUCUAGGAGUUUAAGUGGUGAUCAUUUCAAUGCCCUGUUUUACCAAUAUUGUUGAUAUUUUAUCCACAAGUGGCUCCUUGUUGACUGCAAGAAUGGUUGACCCAUUCAGCCUUUGAAUGGUAGAAACCAACGACUGGCUGUAUGGACAUUUUCUGAAAUAUUUUUCAAAGUCAAGUCAAGUUUAUUGUCAUUUAACUAUAUACAUGUAUACCAUCAAAUGCGAUGUUUCCCCAAACCAGGGUGUAAAGCACAGUAGUACACAUAACACAUAAUAACUUAUGAAAGUAAGGAUGAAAUCUACAGAUGGAUUAUACAUAAACUAAAGUGCAUAAUUGUAAGGUACAGAAUAGUUUAACCAGUGAUACUUUGAAUAACAGUGAUACUUCGUGGCCAGGAGUUCAGAAGCCUAGUGGCCUGAUGGAUGAAACCGUUUCCCUUUCCUGGCCGUUCUUGUUUUUAUGCAUCGUAGUCUCUGCCUAAUAGUAGAAGGUCAAAGGAUGCUGGAUGGAUGAGUGGGAUCCUUAAUAAUACUAAGGGCCCUGUACAUGCAGAGCUCCUGAUAAAUGUCCCCAGUGGAUAGUAGGAGACCCCUAUGAUCCUCUCAGCCAUUCUCACAGUCCUUUUAAUGAGUGGCCAUGGAAAUAUCCCUUUAUUGGGUCAACAUUAGAAGUGCACUUCAUCCUGUACCCAAGAAGUGCCUUGGAUUGUUGGGUAAACUUAUCCAACACUGAGAAGAUUUUCUUACCAUUUCACUAUAAUAUGACCAGUGGCUUAUUAGUUCACAUAAAACAAACAGUGCAGCCACCCUUACUAGUUCAGUGGUCAGGAAUUGAAUCCACAGCCAUUAGAGCUUUAAAUAUUAACCACUAAGCUACUAGUGCUGUUGUUGACGCAGUGUAGUAUUACAAGAAUGUGAAGUUGAUGGCUUGACCAGAAUUCCAGUUAUUGAUCCACUGAGAACAGUCUUGGAGAUUAUUACCCAAUGCAGGAGCAACCAACAGUUUGAAUAAGAUGCUUCUUUGCUCCAAUGUCAGAAGAUUGUGUCUGCCUUUAAUCUGCCAGAGAAGGUAAAGCUAUCUCAGUACAGAGAUGCAGGAAAGGAAAUUCUGAUUAGUACCUCCUUUCCCCAACUCAGGAGUUCCACCUACUCUUAUUAUUUGAUCUUCCUAAGUGAAUAAAUAUUAUCCUGUUUGCAUGCCUCCCUCUUGGACCAGCCUGUCUGUCUUGAAGCUCAAAUUAUUGACUGGAAUAAUGGGAUCCAUAUUUUCACCAAUUACUUAAUUAUUGACAGUAAAUAUUAAAUCUGUGCUCUCCAUUUUUAAUACCUGUCUUUAUUUACCAAAUUCCACAAAAAGAAGGCUCCUGAGUCCAACUAAAGUAGUCUCCAUCCUGUGAAACUUAGCCAAAAUUUCCGGAGAUUGAAGAGUGAGGUCAGGUUAACAAGUACUACAGCCUUAAUUUGAGAUCUCCAGCAUCCAAAGUUUUUUCUGUUUUCAAAUUAAAGAAUUUAUUCAUUGUAAGAAGGAAAUCAGGGAGGUGCCUGGAAGGAAAGAAUAUUGUCAAAGUUUUGAGUUUUUAUUGAUGCUUUUCCUUGGGAAAAUUAUAUAAAGUAGAAAUUAAGUGAGACUGAGUAACCAAAGAUCCUAGCAACUGCACUGAGCUACUUUUAAGCUGACACAUGCACUUUCUGAGGUGCGAGUGUGUGUGCGUGUGUGUGUGUGUGCGUGUAUGUGGACAAACUAGUGAGGGUGCAGUGGAAGAGGGUAAGCUCUUGUACACGAGCACAUUCCCUUCACUACUUUAAUAACCUCUUGGCUUCUAGGCAUUUCACAGCAGAUAAAUAAAUGAGAGUUCCUGGCCUCAACGUUUUAUAUUAUUAUUUCUUUUAAAAAGCGCCAAUCAUAAAAAAGGGCCUCAACUCCUUGAACCAUGUCUGAUACUCUGCAACAGGUGUUCCCAACCUUCUAAAGGCCAUGGACCAAUACCCUUAAACAAGGGGUCCAUGGACCCCAGGUCGGAGAACCCCUGAUCUAAAACAACAUAUUCCCGGGUUGUGCAGCUAAAAUUAUAUUUUUGUUGCUGACUCUGUGCUUGUAAAUAUCCAUUCUGUUUGUCUUCUGGUUGGAAACAGCAAAAUGAAUGUGAUAAGUAGUAGAGAUUAAUAGGAGAGAUGGUGAAACUGCCAGUUAUUGAACCAUUAAGUGGCCAAGACCCAGCAAGGGAGAGUGUCGUUAGUCAAACCCAGUUCCCUGACCAAUUGGUCAUGGUGACAGUUCUCCAAUUCCAACUCCUCAUCUUCUCUUUGGGAGAUGAAUUUGGAUAAUCUGGUCUUGAAUCAACAUUUUGCAAAGUCCUGAGGGAAGGACACUGCUUCAAGUGAAUGUUUUGUGUGUUGUAGUCGUCUCUUUGAGGGAUCUUUUUAAAAUAGAAGCUGAUUUAUAUUGAUGUCACUACAAUCCAUAUUACUAUCCCAGGUGUGAACAUGUUCACUAUUGCCCAGUUUGGGGCUUUAGAGGGUCUGAGCCAGCGACGUGUCAUUAGGCCUGUGCCUGCUUUAAUUGGCUACCUUUAGAGGUGAUAUCGUGGAGACACCAGAGCCUUGGACAUAACCUCCUGGAGGUGCUGCGGUAUUAGUGAGAGUAUUAAUGGAGUCUUGUAGAAGUGUUUGUGUGGUUCUGGGAAAUUGUUACGGGGUCUGCAGCAUGGAAAAGCCUUCACCUAAAUAACUGAAAUUUCACUGAAGUGCCUUUGGUUCAGUAUUUCAGAAUUUCUAACAAAUUAUUUUUGUAUUAAUGUGUUUUAAAAAUAAAAGAUGACUUUAUUCACUGA